AAGGAGAAAAAAAAGUCAGAUUUUUUCUUUCUAAAGUCCUCUUUCCUUUCCACCAUUUUCACGUUAAUCGAAUUCAUUUUGUAUCAUCAUCAUUUGCUUUAUUAAUUGAAAAGCACUUGACUUUUCGUCUGGGAUUUUCUUACUCUUUUUUUUCUCCUUUCUUCCAUUUCCCACCUACCAAACAAGAGAUGGAUAUUGAUGCAAUUAUGGGUGAAACAAUGACCCGUUCUGUGAAUAUUCCAACAAAGAGUGCAAUUUAUGUGUGGGGAUAUAAUUAUAGCGGUCAGACUGGUAGGGGAGGGAAAGAGCAACACCUCAGGAUCCCUAAACAGCUAUCGCCCGAGCUUUUUGGGUGUCCGGCGGGGGCAAAUUCCCGCUGGUUGGAUAUCGCCUGCGGCCGUGAGCAUACUGCGGCGGUGGCCUCAGAUGGGUCAUUAUUCACGUGGGGUGCUAAUGAGUUUGGACAGCUAGGAGAUGGCACUGAGAAGGGUAGGAAACACCCAAAGAAAGUAAAACAAUUGCAGACGGAGUUUGUGAAAUCUGUUUCUUGUGGGGCACAUUGCACCGCAGCUAUUGCAGAACCUCGUGAAAAUGAUGGGAACAUCUCAAUACGUAGACUCUGGAUUUGGGGACAAAAUCAGGGAUCAAAUUUACCUCAUUUAUUUUGGGGUGCAUUUGCUCCUAACACGCUCAUCCGUCAAGUGUCUUGUGGAGCAGCGCAUGUAGUUGCUUUAUCAGAGGAAGGCCUACUACAAGCUUGGGGCUAUAAUGAGUACGGGCAGCUAGGCAGAGACGUCACUUCCGAAGGAUUACAGGGGGCUCGUGUAGUAAAUUCUUAUGCAAAAUUCCUUGAUGAGGCUCCUGAGCUUGUGAAGAUUACCCAAGUGUCGUGUGGAGAGUACCACAAUGCAGCUGUUUCUCAAAAAGGCGAGGUCUAUACUUGGGGUCUAGGAAGCAUGGGUCAACUCGGACACAGUUCCCUCCAAUCUGCUGAUAAAGAACUAUUGCCGAGGAGAGUAGUUGCCCUUGACGGUAUAUGCAUAAAGGAUGUUGCUUGUGGUGGGGUACAUACUUGUGCAUUGACUUCAAAGGGAGCGCUUUAUGCCUGGGGUGGUGGUCAAGUAGGACAGCUAGGCCUCGGCCCUCAAACGGGUUUUUUUUCAUGCAACCUUAACGAUUCAUUCUUUUGUAAUAUCCCUGCUUUGGUUGUCCCGACCGGUGUCCAGCUCAUUGCUUGUGGACAUUCUCACACACUUAUUCGUCUGAGAGAUGGAAGAAUUAAUGGAUGGGGUUAUAAUAGUUACGGUCAGGCAGCGAAUCAUAAAUCUAUUUAUGCAUGGUAUCCAUCACCGGUUGAUUGGUUUGUUGGUGAAGUGCGUAAACUAGCUGCUGGUGGCGGUCAUUCUGCUGUAUUGACUGAUGCAUGUUCCUUGAAAGAACUUUGUGAGUUUAGGCUCGCAGAAAGUGUGACCCUAUCGAAUGCAGCACUGAUCGAGGAUGUUGCUUCUCGAACUGGAGCAGAUUCUUUAGCACGUCUCUGUGAGAGACUCAGGGAAAGUUAUCUUUAUGGCAAGGGAAAAUUAAUUGGAUUCAAGUUCGAUGGAGAUCAGAUAAGGUUUAAAUAG